AUGUCAGCAGCUUACCAGUUGAAACAUGUGAUGUACUUGACAGGCCAACAUAAUGUUAUACCCGAACCUUCCUUAGUUUCAAAUAUUACACAUGUUGCUCUCGCUUUCAUGCGACCUGAGGUCUUCAACCUAGCUCAGCCAUCUUCGUGGCCGCUGUUCACUUCUGUUGACGCUGUGCGUUCAAGAUUUGCUAAUGGUACAUACAUCUUAGUCGCUAUCGGCGGCUGGGGUGAUACUGCUGGCUUCUCUCAAGCGGCAAAGACGGAUGAGAGCCGAAUAUUGUUUGCAAGGAACAUUAAGACUAUGAUUGAUGAAACAGGAGCUGAUGGUGUUGACAUAGACUGGGAGUAUCCUGGUGGAAAUGGGGAAGAUUACAAAGAUGUCCCAAACGCUGACAAGGCUUGGGAAAUUGAGGCGUACCCAAAACUUCUCUUCGAGAUUCGCAAUGCAAUUGGAGCCACUAAGAUUAUAUCGGCCGCGGUACCCGGUCUUCCUCGAGAUAUGAUUGCUUUCACCAAGAACACGGUACCUGAGCUCAACAAGUAUAUCGAUUUCUUCAACAUCAUGACAUACGAUUUGAUGAAUCGAAGAGAUAAUGUUACGAAACACCACACAGGUGUGAAUCUGUCACUUGAGGCCAUCGAUGCAUACAUUGAGCGAGGGGUUCCACCGGCGAAGGCCAACCUAGGCUUCGCCUUCUAUGUAAAGUGGUUCAAGACUGACCCCAAUACGCCGUGUAAUGUUGAGCCUAUUGGUUGCAAUACCGAACUCCUAGAAGAUCCGCUCACAGGUGCUGAUCUUGGGAAAGCUGGCGCUUUCUCCUGGCAUGACAGGGUGCCUCCUGAGCUUUCUGAAUCCUUUAAGUUGGCCCUAGCCAAUGGUGCUUAUGACCAUAUAAAUGGGGGUCACUAUUUUUGGGAUCCGACAGAACACAUAUGGUGGACCUGGGACACUCCAGAAGCUAUAAGGAAGAAAAUUCCCUCUAUUGUCGCCAAAAAGAACCUCGGCGGUGUGUUCGCAUGGGGACUCGGAGAAGACGCUGAGGAUUGGGAUCAUCUCAAAGCGCUCUUGGAAGAGUUUCAGGAGAGGAACGAGUUGUAA